GCCGCGCACCCCCGCGCCGCCCGUUGAGCAUCGCCGCCUGGCCCCCCUCCGCGGGCGGGCGGAGCGGAGCGGGGCGGGGCAGGGCAGGGCAGGGCAGCGCCCGCGUGUGUGGUGCCGCCGCGGGGAGAGCGCCGGAGGGAAAAAAGAAAAGGGAUUUUUUCUGAGCUGUGAAGAAACUAGAAACUGACUGAUAGAACCUUCUUUCAAGAUUUCGCUGUGAAAAGAGAACUGCAUUGAUGCCAAUCAUAUAAGAGACGGGGAAUCCUGAAUAAACAAAGAGAAGAGAGUUACGCACGCAAUCUGUUUUGUGAAUACUAACCCAAGGGUUAAAAUGGUGAGCGAAAGUCAUCAUGAGGCCCUGGCAGCACCGCCAGCUACCACAGUAGCAGCAGCCCCUCCAAGUAAUGUCACCGAGCCAGCCAGUCCUGGGGGAGGCGGCGGAAAAGAAGAUGCAUUUUCUAAGUUAAAAGAGAAGUUCAUGAAUGAGCUGAAUAAAAUUCCACUGCCACCUUGGGCCUUAAUAGCCAUAGCCAUAGUUGCAGUCUUAUUAAUCCUUACCUGCUGCUUUUGUCUCUGUAAGAAAUGCUUGUUCAAAAAGAAGAACAAGAAGAAGGGAAAGGAGAAGGGAGGGAAGAAUGCUAUUAACAUGAAAGAUGUUAAAGAUUUAGGGAAGACCAUGAAAGACCAGGCUCUUAAGGAUGAUGAUGCUGAGACUGGGCUGACUGAUGGGGAAGAGAAAGAAGAACCCAAAGAAGUGGAGAAACUAGGGAAAAUCCAAUAUUCUUUGGAUUAUGACUUCCAGAAUAACCAGCUUUUGGUUGGGAUCAUCCAAGCAGCUGAGCUGCCUGCAUUAGAUAUGGGUGGUACAUCUGAUCCCUAUGUGAAAGUUUUCCUUCUACCUGAUAAGAAGAAGAAAUAUGAGACAAAAGUGCACAGAAAGACCCUUAACCCUGUUUUCAAUGAGCAAUUUACAUUCAAGGUGCCAUACUCAGAGCUGGGUGGAAAAACUUUAGUGAUGGCAGUUUAUGACUUUGAUCGUUUCUCCAAACAUGAUAUCAUUGGGGAAUAUAAAGUUGCGAUGAACACAGUGGACUUUGGUCAUGUGACAGAGGAGUGGAGAGACUUGCAAAGUGCUGAGAAGGAAGAGCAAGAAAAACUGGGUGAUAUCUGCUUCUCCCUCCGUUAUGUGCCUACUGCUGGCAAGCUGACUGUCGUCAUUCUAGAGGCAAAGAACCUGAAGAAGAUGGACGUUGGUGGACUAUCAGAUCCCUAUGUGAAAAUCCAUCUGAUGCAGAAUGGUAAGAGGCUGAAGAAGAAAAAGACGACAAUUAAGAAGAACACCCUGAAUCCCUACUACAAUGAGUCGUUCAGCUUUGAAGUACCCUUCGAGCAAAUCCAGAAAGUGCAAAUUGUUGUGACUGUUUUGGACUAUGACAAGAUUGGCAAGAACGAUGCCAUCGGGAAGGUCUUUGUGGGCUACAACAGCACUGGCGCGGAGCUGCGACAUUGGUCAGACAUGCUGGCCAACCCCCGGCGGCCCAUCGCACAGUGGCACACCUUACAGCCCGAAGAAGAGGUAGAUGCUAUGCUGGCAGUCAAGAAGUAAAUUAAAUUAAAUUAAAUUUCAAAAAAAAAAAAAAAAAAAAAAAAGAAGAAGAAGAAGAAGCCUUUCUGCAUUUGCCCACAUAGUGCUCUUUAGCCAGUAUCUGUAAAUACCUCAGUAAUAUGGGUCCUUUCAUUUCCAGCCAUGUGUUCCUAACACAGAUCAGUUGUACUUUCAAAAUCUGUUUUAAUUUGCACAAAUUUAAAUGUAGACAGCCCUCUAAAGGCGCUUCAUUUCACCACUGCCCCCCAGAUCUACUCUUCUUUUAAGCAAUAUGAUGUGUAGAUAGAGCAUGACAGAAAUUAUUUAUUGUAUCACACCGUUGUAUAUAUACACCAGUAUGCUGAGAAUUUAUUUCUAGUUUGUGUAUUUGUAUGUUGUAAGCGUUUCCUAAUCUGUGUAUAUCUAGAUGUUUUUAAUAAGAUGUUCUAUUUUAAAUUAUGUAAAUUGACUGAGAUAUAGGAGAGCUGAUAAUAUAUUAUAGGGUAACUAUAGUAUCGUCUGCAUUCCAGAAAAAAAAUUCCAACUUAUAAGGCACUAGUAGUGUUACACUGACAUCUUAAAGGACAACUUAAAUCUGAGCUUUCAACUGAACCGUUCUAAUAACACGCUAUGCGUACACAGUGAAUCUUGGAGGGGCAGAUCCCAUUCGGUAGACUUCUUUCACAGGCGACUUAGCAUGAUCUGAGCAGCUCCGUGGCUGACCUCAAGGAAACGUAGCCAGAAGCCAGGAUAGAAUUUUUUCUGUAUAUAUUCCAAAACGAACACGCAACAGACUGAAAUGGCUUUAGAUUGAAAGUUGAGGAAGCAGUUCCAUAGGAGGCAACAACUUCAUCUACCACCCAAAGUAAAACAGCAUUGCAGGGUUGUGC